AUGGGCAGAAGCGCAAAUGCGAUCAUCCAAAGAGCCUUCGUCGAGUUUCAAGACGAUGACAAUCCCACAAAGUGCAACAAAGUCCGCUGCACCUACUGCGGCUUCGUUCGCGCAAAGAACACGACCCGCCAGGUUGAGCACUUGCAGGAGUGUCAGCAAUACUUGAACUCUCCCGACUACGUCGAGUCGCUGAACGAUACCGACGCUCAACAGCCAGACGAAGGAAACACCAGCAUCAUGUCCGGAAUUUCCAACUCACCACUCCAAGCCACGCCAAAUUCGGCCCAAAGGACUAACUUUCUGAUGGGACAAAGACCCAACCCGAACUUACUGGUCAACCGUCGUGGUCCCAACAAGCGUACUCGUGACGGCCAGGUUAAGAACGGCCAGCGCUCUAUGCCUCCUCCAAUCACACCCGCACCGCCCGCUCAGACUCCAAGUCUUGCUGCCUACCUCUUGACUCAGAACGCUGCCUCGUUCACAUCCGCAACCCAAACAUCCUUCCUCUCACACGCUGGAUGUGGUACUCUCAGCGCCGGCGCAAUGAGCCAAUGGCUAGCACAAGAUUCACACGUCUCGCGCGGUUAUAUUGCGUUUGUCGGUCAGCUCAUUGGCAAGAUCCGUCUGCCCAUCGUCGCCAACUCACAAUCACACCCUCUCUACAGAGCCAUGGACUUGCUCAUCAGCGCCCUGAACAAUGUCAGAAGAGAGAUGAGCUUCUUCGAGAUCACGGCUACCAAGUACAACCUCAACAUCGUAAAAGAAGAGCCGAAUCCCAUCACAAGAAGCUUCCUCGAUCUGUUUGUAUCGGCAAGCUCACCUGCUGCAAGUCUGCUCGAGGGUGCUGUCGUCCUAUGGGCUGUUGAGCACUGCUACCGUGCAUCAUGGGCAUACGCUGCUAGCUUCUCCUCAAGCCUGAACCAGCCAAUUCUACCAUACUCUUCGAACGGAGACUCGCACAACGCUGCUUUGCACCAAUCGCUGAUUCCCAACUGGACAUCACCCGCAUUCGCAAAGUUCGUUGAGGCUUGCAAGGCUGUCGUAGACGAACUCGCCAACGCAGAGACAUCUCCUAAUGGUCGUGAGCAAAUGUCACGCUGUCUGAGUGCAUUCAACCAAGUCCUCUGGCUAUGGGAGCGCACUUGGCCUUCGGUCGAUGGCAUGGGUGAGGAGAACGAAAGCGCCAGUGCAGAACGCUUCAACAGCAAUGGUAUGAGACCUCACAGCUCGACUGGUGGUGGUCAGCCCAGCGGUGUUCCAAACCGAGACAAUGCUGCCGAGGACGACGAUGAUGUUGUUGAGAUCAGACGUGAGAGUGCUAUCGGCGGUGGCAGUCCAUAUGUCAGUCCGUAUGGUACUGAUGGCCUCAGAGCAGUCGAAGCUGCCAAUAAUGCUUGA